GUGACGUCUGCGGGCGGCAUUGAUAGCUGGGGCCCUCGGGCUCCGCGAGCACAAUGAGCCGGCGAGCGGCAGCGGCUGGGAGACGGGAACGCACCGCAGCUGCAGCGCACAAAGCGUCGCAAGGACAAUGAAGGCGUUGCUGUCUCUCAGCCGUGUCGCUCGCACGGCACUCAGGAGGCUAGCAAAGGACCGAGCGCCGGCAAACUGCAGACUGGCAGCAAGCACGGCGGAAUCGCAGCCCUACUUUGGCCUCCUUGUUGACAUUGAUGGAGUGUUGGUGCGAGGUAAAACCCCCAUACCAGCUGCCAAGAAAGCUUUCAAGAAGUUGGUGAAUGUUAAAGGGGAAUUUUUAGUGCCUGUGGUGUUCGUCACAAAUUCAGGAAACUGUGUUCGACAAACAAAAGCUGACCAACUAACUCGUGUGUUGGGAGUUCCUAUUUCUCAGGAUCAAGUUUUGAUGUCUCACAGCCCAUUGCAAAUGUUUAAACGUUACCAUGAUAAAUGUGUACUGGUCUCUGGGCAAGGCCCAGUCAUGGAGAUUGCUAAAAGCAUUGGGUUCACCAAGAUCAUUACCAUAGAAAUGUUGCGGGAGGCAUUCCCCUUGCUGGAUAUGAUGGAUCACGAUAGGAAACCUGUGUUACCGCCAUCUCCACCUGUGAAGUUUCCUAAUAUUGAAGCCAUUAUCCUGUUUUGUGAGCCUAUCCAGUGGGAAACGCAUCUCCAGUUGAUUAUUGACGUCCUCUUGACUGCUGGAAACUCAGACAGCAUUCCUCAGCAGUUGCAGUACCCUCAUAUUCCUGUUGUGGCUUGCAAUACAGAUUUGCUGUGGGUAGCAGAGGGCAAAUCACCAAGAUUCGGUCAUGGAAUAUUUGUACUGUGUCUUGAAAACAUCUACAAGAAAAUCACUGGCAAAGAUCUUAAAUAUGAGCUGUUAGUAGGAAAACCAAAUGAAAUAACCUAUCAUUACGCGGAGUGUCUCAUAAGGGCUCAAGCUGCUGGAAGAGGAUGGCAGAAACCUAUUCACACACUUUAUGCUAUUGGGGAUAAUCCAAUGACUGACAUCUACGGUGCUAAUCUAUACAACCGCUACCUUGAACAGGAAUCUUCUAGAAAAGGAUCACGGUUACAAGCUAAAGUUGCUGUGGGAAAACAAACAACUGCAGUUUCCCAGGAAGAGGAUCCUGAUAUAAUAGCAAGCGAACUGACACCAGGUUCUGCUACUUGCUGUAAGUCUGUGCUGGUUUGCACAGGUGUGUACAGUCCCUGUAAAGGUGCUUUAGUCAGCCAAGAGGAACUUAGCACAGGGACUGUAUUUCAUGGGCACAGGGACUUUAAGUUUGAUGCUGAUUUAUCUGAUCCAGACUAUAUUGUGCCAGAUAUUGAUGCUGCUGUGGAACUGAUCUAUGACCUGGAAAGAUAUUUGCCAAAAUAACCUUUUUAAAGCUAGCAAGCCUCUACUAGUAUGCCAAGCUUAUAAAUGAACCUAGGAAAAGAUGGAUUUUUUAAAAAAUUAUAAAAACAAGUUGCCAAGUUCAGUUCAAACAGACACCCAAUUGUCUUCUAUAUUGUGUACUACUGUAUUUAUCAAUGACCCCACCAAACAAAAGUCUCAGUUUGGAAAUAUUGUGACAAAUUGUUAACUUUUUUCUAAUGCCCAUUCAGUGUGACCAGUUUCUUAGAUGUAUGACUUGUACCAGUGCUGAUCCCAUUACUUUUAUGAAAGUGUACAAUAAUUUUUUUAUUAUUUAUAAGAAUUUCAGCCAAUCUCAGAUAUAUGGUUUAUUUUCUCUUCACACCUGCUCCGUCUAAACACAAAUUUGUACUUCAAUUCCAUCAUAUUGCUAAAUGAACUGUGGCUGCAGGUUUCUACAAUGUACAAAAAAUCAAAGUGCAUGGAAUUUAGUUUGCAAUCAAUAAUUGUAGCAGAUUAGAGUAGGGAGAACCAUCAAUAAUUUGUUGGAACUUUUAUUAAACUCAAACUUAUCCUUUAGACAAGAGUGAAAGAGCAGUAUUUUCAAACCAAUGUAAUGAAUUUGUUACUGAUUUAGCAAUGUUGCUUUGGUAUUGUUGAGCUGAUUGUAUAAAUACUUCAGCUGUUAGUCAUAACAUCUUCCCCCCUCAAAGCUGAAUCAUUCAACAAAUCCAGGCGAAGAUUUAGAAUGUAAGAUGCAUAUAUGUAAAACCAGUAGAGCAAAUGUAGUUUGGUGUCUAUAAAGUUUUCUACUUCUCUCUACUAAUGGUUAGGUAAUAUAAAUAGGAUUUUACAAAUUAAUUUUAACUAUUCUAUUAUAAAAGUAUGGUCUAUUUUGUUAGUAACUUUAUAUGAAACAUAAAAGAUAAGUAGAAGUAUGAGUAGGCUAUUUGACCCAUUAAGCCACUCCAUCAUUCAACCCAAACAUGACUUGGAUCCUUUAUUUCAAAGCCAUACUGUGACUCUCUCCCCAGACCACCUGACACUUUAAAUCUCCAGAGCUUUUUAUAUUUCUUUUUACAUAUAUUCGGUGAUUUGGCCUCCUCAACCUUCUGUAGAAAAGGAAUUCCACAGUUUAUCUGAGUGAAGAAAUUUACAUUCCUCUCAGACUUGUUCUGUAUCCUGAAACCCCAUAACUGUUUGAUCUAGAGCUCCCAGCAAGGGGAAAACAUCAUAUCUGAAUCCAGCCUGGCCAGCCCUUUUUGUUCUCAAACUUUUACAAAGCAGUUGUUACAACUGUGUGGAAGUGAGAAGAUGGACUUUAUUUUAGGAGUGUUAAAUGUUCUGUUAAUUUAUCUCCGCAAUCGAGUCUCUUAGACACGACUAAAAAUUUUCAACUUUAUCUUUUCUGGCUGCAUGUGAACUUUGACAUGACAAUAAAUAAGCUGAAUUUGAAAAUAUAGUGAGUCAUCUGUCAUUUUCAACAUUCUGUUGUCAGAAACUAGGUUUAGAAAAGCAUAUCAUUCAUCUGAAAUGUUUGGUUUGAAAUAUUUUGGAUUAUAAAAGUUCUGCCUAUCCCUGUAAUUUCUUUGUAAUGCUUCAUUGCUGUUUAAGCACUUCUCCUUUGUUUGCCAUGACAAAAAAAAACUGCACUUAGUUUACAAAUGAAAGAUGGACAUUGUGCCUGUGCAGAAUUGUUUACUGCCAAUUGUCUACACGCUUGGCAACAAUGAGGAAGCUAAGACUUUCACUGUUUUUCUUGUCUUAAGUUACAGUGAAACUAGUGUCCCAGACUGUGAUACUAACCACAGUUCUGUUCCUGUUUACCUUCUAAACUACAAUUGCCUUCACAAUUCCAAUUCUUCAAAAAGAAACAAAGCUAGCUAGUGACACUUGGUGUUCUGUUCUAAAUAUAUUGCGCAGACGCCACUUGACUGACAUGGAACAAAGCAAGCAGGACGUGAGAGAACUUGAAUUUCAGCCUGUCUUUGAGUGGGAAUGCAGGCGGGUGGGUGUUAGAAGUAGUGCUGUUGAUUUGUAUGCGAUGACUCAUUCCUCUCCCAGUCCAUCUUAUAGGCAGGGUGGGUGAACAGCAGGCUUCCAGAAAGCUUCAAGGUGGCUGAAGGUAAAAGGGAACAUAUCAGCUGCUUGGAGAUGGCCGCUCGUGUCAGAUUCUAGGAAGAAUUAGAGGCCCUCCAUAACUGCCUGCUUGCAGCAGGAGUUAGAGUUCCCCAUUCCACUAAACAAUUGCAGUGGUGACUUACCUGUAAAGGCCAUUUUCGAAAUAAAAUGUAAAAUGUUGGAGAGUGUGUGCUGCGCCCCCAUUUAAAUUAUUUACAUGACCUCCCCUGCUGAUUUCAAACUGUAAGGUCUUUGUCAAACUUGAACAGCAAGCAUACUAUGUGGCUAUCAAUUGUACACUUCUGGGGAGAAGAAAUGAAUUUGACAAACAGUGCAAGCUUCUGCAUAUUCUAAAGUUUCUGUAUAUUCAUUUUUGUGAUGUGUAUGAUGGGUUGGGAUUGGAUUUGUACCAUCAGGAUCAAAUAAUUCAGUAUUUGAUUGUUUACAUUACUUUAAAGGAUGGAAGAUUGGGUUAGACUCCUUUUGGACGCCAGCAACUUCGACUCAAAUUCAGUCCACACUGAGAAGUUGCUAUGUGAAAUGUGAUCUGGUAGGCUCAACUCAGCCCCUGCUUUACAUAUCUAGCUUUAAACUUGAUAUUGGUAAAACGGCUGAGGUCCACAGUUGACUCCUGUAAGUAAGAAAAAUGCCACUCAUGCAGUAAAGGGUCCUUAUCAAAUUAUGGCUAAUUAUGGCGUGUUGUUGAGGCCCUACAAUAAUACGCUGUUGAUUCUAUUUCUCAGAAAACCCUGAUUUUGAGCACACAAAGUUUGUGAAAAAGCUACAAUAUUUAAUCCUUCAUUGAAAGCAAAAUAACUGGAUUAAGGAAAUCCGAAACAAACUUGAUUUUGAACAAGUCAUAUCGGUCUCAAAACAUUAACUUAUUUCUCUCUCUCCACACAUGCUGCUACACCUAUUGAGUUUCUCCAGCUUUUUCUGUUUGUUAAUCCUCACAGAUUAAUAUUUUUUAAACAUGCAACAAGAUCCAAUAAAUUUAAAAUAAACCUGACUGAAAAAAACUGAUUUGAUACACAUUUAUGAUUUACACAAGAGUUAAAACCUGGAGUUAAAUUUUCUCAACAUUUUGCAGAACAUCCAAAGGAUCCUGUGUUUCUACUUUAAAAGUAUAAUAAUCGGUGUGCAGACUAAAAGGUUUCCAAUUAUAAAGUAUCCUUUACAAAAUUCAAUCCAUUCUAAGUAUUGUGCACAUCAAUUAAGUAGUUUUGAAAUCUAGUCACUUUUGUAAUGUAGGUUAAACAAAAACUUUCAUAAAAUUUAAGUAAUGUUAGUUGAAGCUAGACUAGAUUUUGUGAAGUCAGAGAAAUCAAAACUAAAUUAGAAAUCAGUAGUCUAUCCUUCCUGUGUGCAGUUUUAGUGAAACUUCCUUCCUGUGUGCAGUUUUAGUCUUAGUGAAACAAUUCUGCUGUGGGUUGUCAAGCCUUGAAAGGAUGAUGUUUAGUGAUUAAGAGCUAUUGGAAUUGAGUUUAUUGCAGUUGGUCUUUCUAUUUCACUACUGGUGUGCUCUCGCAAACAAUAGAUUGCUUUUUCUGUAUCCGUGCAACUACUUGUAGGAUGCAUUUGUUCCCAAUGCUCAUUUAACCUCUCCUAAAAGGAGAGUGCUUUCCAUCUUCUUCUGCACUCCCCUUUUCCCAACCUUCUCUAGGUCAGAUCACAUAAACAGGACUGCAAAUAAACUUUCAAGGUUAAGCUUUAUUCUUCACAUUGCUUUGAUUACUUUUUGUCAUAACUUACUGAAGGAAGUCUUUGACAUUAACAAUUUGACCUUCUAAAAGGAUUUGUUGAGUUAGCAGACGACUGACCCUUUUUAAAAACUGAAAGAACUGCAGAUGCUGUAAAUCUGGAACAAAAGCAAAGUUGCUGGAUAAGCUCAGCAGGACUGGCAGCAUUUGUGAAGGAGAAAACAGUUAACAUUUACCAGAUCCAAAAUGUUAACUCUGUCUUUUCCUUCACAGAUGCUGCCAGACCUGCUGAACUUUUCCAGCACUGACCUUUUUAAGUUUGUCUUAUUCCAUUGACCAAUGCAUCUAGAUGACUUGUAUCAGGAAAACCAUAAACUACUAGUAGCAUCUUUCAGAUAGUUGGAUUUCUAGUAGUAACAAAAUAUUGCCAAUGUUGAAAAUCUGAAAAAUGCAGAAAAUGCUGAAGAAAAAUCAGCAAAUCUGGCAGCAUUUAUAGAGACACAAACAGAAUCAUCUUACUGGACUUGAAACAUUGUCUCUGAAGUUAAUGAGAACUGCAGAUGCUGGAGAAUCCAAGAUAACAAAGUGUGGGGCUGGAUGAACACAACAGGCCAAGCAGCAUCU